AUGCCCCCUUACAGACAGGACUAUGCAAAGGCAGCUUCCCGACCAGUAGUGGCAACUCUUGAGGAUGAACUACGAACGGCUCUCAGAGAUGAUCCGUGGUUGCGGGAGAACCAUGGGAUGUUGACUCAAAGGGAUGGACUGGCCUGGUAUGGCAACAAACUGUACAUCCCACCACCGCUGCGUAAUCAGAUAUUCCACCGUUGUCAUGACUCGAAACAAGCGGGCCACUUCGGGUUUCUGAAAACAUUGCACCUGGCCCGGCGUCAGUUCUGGUGGCCUCGGAUGAGGGUAGACGUAGAAGCCUACGUGAGAGGAUGUCCAGUCUGUGCCAUGUCCAAGCCCAGUCCAGGGAAGCCCAUGGGACUGUUGCAAUCGGUGGCUGACCCACACCACCCAUGGCAAGACAUAGCCAUGGACUUUAUUGUGGAACUACCCAACAGUCAGGGUUAUACAGUAAUUUGGAUGGUAGUAGACCUUUUCUCUAAGCAGGCCCACUUCGUUCCCUGUAAGGGACUACCAUCGGCUCGAAGGUUGGCUCGUAUGUUCCUGUCACAAGUUUAUCGGCUCCACGGGGCUCCGCAUCGGAUCAUCUCAGACCGCGGGGUCCAGUUCACAGCCCACUUCUGGCGCGACUUCGUACGCCUCCUAGGAUCCUCCCAAGGGGUCAGCUUGGCGUAUCACCCGAGUACUAAUGGAGCGGCAGAAUGGGCAAACGCAGCGGUGGAGCGCUACCUUCGAAGCUAUGUCUCGUACCAACAGACAGAUUGGGUGGAGUGGGUGGUGUUCGCGGAGGUGGCCUACAGUAAUGCCGUACAUAGUAGUAUAGGUUUCACACCCUUCCGGGUGGUUUCUGGCAGGGAAUUCAUGCCCAUGCCGGAAUAUAGUGGCCAGGAAUCCCAAACCUGUCAACCUGGGGAAUGGGAGACCUCUGGUAGGGGGAGCGGCACGUCGAGCCCGACCCGACCCGACCGCCAGCCGCCUCGUCUGCCUUACCGGCCUUGCCAUUUCGCUGGGGCUCUGGACGACCGGCCCCAGUUGGAGGAUGAAGGAGUCGGUCGUCGUAUCGUCGGCUCCUCCCGGGCUCCGCCAGUGCUACAGCAGACGCUCUCCUCUGACGUCAUCCCCCUGCGCCUCGCAGGGCCGACACUUGCCGAGGGGAAAGGACUGACGAUGAUUGGCCCAGCUGUACGCCAAAUCCCAAGAAUGACAGAGGACUGCAUUUUUCUAGAUACAGAACUCAGUGACUUUAUUCUCUGCAAUGUUUCUACUGAUCAACAUACAAAUUUCUCUUUCUCAGGCGAGGACUUGUUUUAUUACAGGUUCCUAUAUGCAAUUCCAGCUAUUUAUGGGAUCAUCAUUUUGAUUGGGCUAGUUGGUAAUAUCACCCUGAUUAAAAUCUUUUGUACAGUAAAGUCCAUGAGAAAUGUCCCUAAUUUGUUUAUUUCCAGUCUGGCUUUUGGAGACUUGCUUCUUUUGAUCACUUGUGUUCCUGUGGAUGCCAGCAGAUAUUUGUCUUCUGAAUGGCUCUUUGGUCGAGUAGGAUGUAAACUUAUCCCUUUUAUUCAGCUUACUUCAGUGGGGGUGUCAGUCUUCACCCUCAUGGCUCUUUCUGCAGACAGGUAUAAAGCCAUAGUGAGACCAAUGGACAUCCAAGCUUCACAUGCCCUGCUGAAGAUUUGUUUGAAAGCCACUACAAUCUGGAUUUUCUCCAUGCUGCUUGCCAUUCCAGAGGCUGUGUUUUCAGACUUGCGUCAUUUCUAUGACAAGGGCACUAAUAAAACAUUUAUUAGUUGCACACCUUACCCACAUACCAAUGAACUGCAUCCAAAAAUUCAAUCCAUGGCUUCUUUUUUCAUCUUUUAUGUAAUCCCGCUAUCUGUUAUUUCAGUAUAUUAUUAUUUCAUCGCAAAAAAACUGAUUCGGAGUGCUUACAGUCUACCAGUGGAAGGAACUAUUCAGGUUAGAAAGCAGAUGGAAUCUCGGAAACGCCUCGCCAAAACAGUGCUAGUUUUUGUCUGUAUCUUUGCUUUCUGUUGGCUCCCUAACCAUAUCAUCUACUUAUAUCGGUCAUAUCAUUAUUCAGAGGUGGAUACAUCAGGCCUGCACUUUAUCACUUCUCUUUGUGCUCGAAUAUUGGCAUUUAUUAACUCUUGCAUAAAUCCUUUUGCCUUGUACUUGCUCAGCAAAAGUUUUCGAAAACAGUUUAAUCACCAGUUAUCUUGUUAUAAAACCCGUCUUCUCAUUCGAUCCCAGAGUACAGCCAGAAGUACCACCCAGAUGACAUCUUUCAAGAGCACCAACCAGCAGUCCAUGAUCACCUUCAGUUUUAUUAAUGGCAACCACAACUGCCAUGAAGAAAAUGUACAGUAUGCAUGAAAUUAAUACUUACUGCAAGAGUUUACUAGCCAUUGCUGCCUAUUUGUAUGUAGUCAGCAACAAAUGUUCAUAU